CGAAGCCUGGUGAUCGUAUACAAUUAGCGGGUUGCUACAAAGCUAUUGGCAAGCCAAAUCAAGCCACGACUUCAGCAACCUUUAAAAAAAUAGUCACGCAAGAAGAUAUUAAAAAUAUAAAAAAAGUUUCGAAAACUAAAGAUGUAUUUGAAUUAUUAGCGAGAUCUUUAGCACCAUCAAUUUACGGUCAUGAAAUUAUAAAAAAGGCAAUUUUACUUAUGUUAUUAGGCGGCAAAGAGCAAAACUUGUCUAGUGGAUUACCAUUCUCAUCUUCUGUGGGAUAUCCUGAUGCAGUUGGUAAGUAA